CGCUCCCUGUUCGAUCUUUAUUGAACGUCUUGAGGCUCAUCCUGCUGGUACGCGAACCCCGCCGGCACUGAGACCCAGCGGACAGCGCUUGGCCGUGGGGGUGUGGCAGGGAUCGGAAGUGUUCAGAAGGGGAGACAGAGGAGCGGAAGGCGUUACGGGACGGUUGAGGUGAAGUGGUGUUAUCCUCUUUAAUUGCUCGACCCCCCGGCUGGCCAACAUGACUUGCACACUGGAGAAGGUGCUGAGCGAUGCCCGCACACUGCUGGACCGGCUGAAGGAGCACGACAUAGCCGCAGAGUCCCUGAUCGAGCAGUCCAGCGCCCUCAGCCAGCGGGUCCAGAGCAUGAGGGAGGUGGGCAAUGCCCUGCCCGACAAGUACCAGGAGGACUGCAUGGACCUGAAAGAACUGUCCAAGUACAAGCCCCACAUCCUGCUGACCCAGGAGAACACCCAAAUCAAGGAGCUGCAGCGUGAAAACAGAGAGCUAUGGCUGUCUCUGGAGGAGCACCAGUACGCCCUGGAGCUGAUCAUGGGGAAGUACAGGAAGCAGAUGCUCCACCUGAUGAUGUCCAAGAAGAAGAUGGACACCAAGCCUGUGCUCUCCCUGCAUCAGGACCAUGCCAAAGAGGUGCAGGUGCAGGUGGAGCGGAUCUGUGAGAUGGGUGAGGUGAUGCGGAGGGCCGUUCGCGCCGACGAGCAGCACUACUGCACUGUCCGUGAGCGCCUGGCGCAGCUGGAGAUGGAGAACAAAGAGUUGCGGGAGCUCCUCUCCAUCAGCAGAAUCUGCCUGAAGCCCCAGAACGAAGAGCCUUCUCAACCCGCCAACCCAGCCAAAUAGCGCCGCCGACGGGCCGACGACCUGCGUGACACUGUGAGCUGAAGCCCUCUCUCCUCGAGUUCACAGGUGGACAGCCCAGCAGGGGAGCCGAUCUGGACUGACUUUUCUGCCGCCCUGUGAUGGCCAAAUCCUGUCUUUUGAUCCACAUGAAAGGAAAACAAAUCUGGGGAGCAGCCGUUACUUUUUCUAGCAGCCAGAUACACACCAUGGGUUACUUUUGACACUGUGUUGGUUUAAUAUCCAUGCAUUUCCCCAUCUUGCUGUCCACCUAGUUCCUUUUCCAUCCCUUCAUUGUCCUCAUGGAGCAAUCUGGCUCUGUAGCCACAGACUGAAUUACCUCUGUCACACGUAAAAUACCUCUGUCACUCAUUCAUAUUUAAUUCUCACCAGGGUCCUAAUUUUUACUGAUGUCCUGUACAGCCAGGUCAGUGCAACUGGCCCCAGCCUUAAUGGAAGUGCUAUGGCAGAACUGGAAGGGGAAUCGAUCGCUAGACCUGCCUCACAUAUACACACUUCUCCCCACCAUAUGUGAAACAUAUGCAGGAGGUCCCUCAUUGGGCAAGUGAAAAGUAUGUCUGAAAGAACUGGAAUGCAAAAUAUACUCAAGGGCACCCAGAAUAUCAGAUAUCAUCCCGGGCUGUUUAAAUGUAGCUCCAUCUCUGUGCACAGCAAGAGCUUUUGGAAGUUUUCAGAAAUCUUUCCAGAGAUUCCUAAACUAGUAAAUCCUGGGACACACUCAAGAACAGCUGGCUGUAAUCUGGGAAGCUUUUUUUUUUGUAGCAGCAGGAUUCAGUAGGAGGUAGCGCAUGAGAGUUGGUUGGGCUCGAACUUCAUUUAGGUCUCAUUCAUUUUUGACUGACCAACGUAGAAGAGCUUCUGUGAAGAGUGGUGCAUUUAUUGGUUCGAGGGGAUAACACUGUCUAAUGUUUCCUCUCAGAGAGCUCAAUUGUUGUGACCGAGUAAUCAUGUCCUUCAGCUCUCAUCUCCUGCGCUGUGUAAAACCAUUUUCAAAAGCAUGACUCCAGUCCAGUCCUGACAGCUGGGUAAGGCCAGCUUCAAAGAUGUGACUUCAGUCCAGCCAUGAUAGCUGUGUUGAUAUUACAGCAGUCAGAAUUAUUACAUUUUCACAGAACAAAGGUGCAUAUUUUUCAGAUGAGAAACGGGAUAUUGUUACGUUUUUGUAAUUUCUCUGAAUCUCCACACAGCUCUUUGUGGAGUUCUAACAAAGCUGUCUAUGCCUUAUUGUUUCUGUUGUUUUGGACUUAAUUUCCAGGGCAUACAGUAAAUAAAAGAGAAGCCUCCUAUGUGAUAUAACUAUGAGUCAUGCCACAGAAAUAACAGAAUGUCUGUAUUCUGGAAAUAGCAAUACAGUCUGCUUUAGCCUGAAGCGUAUUAUUAGUCUGAGAUCUUACUGGACACUUAUAUUAGGAAACAUGUCUGUAAGCAGGCACAUAUUCUUUUCCAGCAUUCUGGUAUUUCCAAGUAGUCUUUGUGAGCUCUUUGUGGAGCCUGCCUUAUGCAGAAGAAGUAUUGAAAGAUCAUAUUUGGGGUUUCCCGCUCUCAGGCAACACUGCAAUUAUGUCUCACACAAACAGCCUUAGCUAGGAUUGCUACUUUUUGGCAUUUCUUUUUUAGAAAUACAUUUUAUCACAAAUACAUUUUAUCACUUUUAAUUGUAGUGUUGUGUAAGCUGAGUUUAACACCUGUAGAUUGCAUUAGAGGUCUGGACACAGGGCUAUGGAACUUAAUUUACAUCAGACAUUUCAAUUUUUUUUAGAUAUAUAUAGAAUGUUUUUAAUUCUGAAACUACCACAGCUUUGAAUACUGUUUGGAACAUCAGGAGGCCGAUUUGUCUUUAUAGCUGCCUGAUAAACUCUUUAUAGGUAGGGGAUUGUGAAAUUGAGCUCUUGUAUUGUCUAAACGUGUAACUUUCAGGAGCUUAAUGUGCGCUAUUAACAGGUGAAGUGUAGAAAUGUUGCAAACUCAGUUCUGUUAGAUAGUUAACCAGUCCAAACUAGUGAUGUAACAGAAACAUUUCUAGAUGGAAAAAGUAAGGUGUAUUAUGGUGUUCAGUGUGCAUAUGGAAUAAAAAAAUGUAUAAUGGGGAAAUCUUAACAUUAACACAAUACACAGCAAUGUACAAAUGCACAAUGUACAGGCCUUCAUUUUUUAUCUCGGCAGCAAAAAUACUUUUUUGUUUAUUUUUAUUUCACAUUUGGUUUGUGUUUGGUUGCAGGUGCAGUAGUACCCAUUCAUUUUUCUGUGGAGAUGUAUUUUAGUUACAAUCUUUUGGUGGACUCCCAGGUUAAUUUGUGGUAAUCUGACGGUACAAAGGUGUUUCUAAAUGACUCUUGCCUGUUAUUAACCGAAUACAGCUGUGUGAUAUGGGAGUGUGGUAAGUGAACAGGAAAAUAUAUAAUGUUUCCUACUGACAGCACUGCAAGACCAGAGCACCAUGUUAGACUUUCUGUUGAACAAACUGAUAGCCCAAAACACUGACAGAUUUUUUACUGAAAGUGCUGUUAGUCCAGAUUGUUGUGUCAGAAUUUCUACUCAAAGACCUGUUAACCUAGAUCUCUGUGUCAGAUGUUCUACUGGAAGCCCUGUUAGCCCUGAGCACUAUGUCAGAUUUUCUAUGGAACAGAUUGGUAACCCAGAGCACUUUGGGAAAUUUUCUAUGAGACAGACUAGUAGCCUGGAGCGCAACAAACAUCCGUCUUGCCAGACAUGAAGUGCUCUGUGCGAGCACCAUUCUGUAAGGUAGUAACUUUGUCAUAUAUCAUCACAAAAGAGCACUGUGCUUAUAGGAGCACUUCCAGCCUCUCCAUAGCAGGCUCGGCCAGGGUGGUUUAACGUGUAUCCUGACUGUAUAACAUUGCAAAUUCAGCUCCUUAAGAACUGUCCUUCAAAGCUUAACAGUAAGGUGGAUAUAAUUAAUAUUACAAAAUAACCUUUAAGAGCAACGUUAAAGGAGUGCAGGUUUCCUUAACUAAAAUUUAGUGUGGGUUGCACCAUGGGAUUUUAGAUCUUUACCAUUGAUAAUUUAUUUUAAAGGAAAAUUGGAUAUUAUCUUUCUGACAGGGUUGAACAUUAUAGAAGUCUUUUGUGUAGUUGUAAUGUCUGAAUUAACUGUAAAUAUGGUGUUUUGACUCAUCUCGCGUUCCUUGUCAGUGAUGACGGUGGAUGCAGAAUCAAUUUCUUGCCCUGUAUUAAUAUAAAAUGUUCUGUGUGUCCUCUUGCUAUUUUUUAAAAUCACUUUUAACUGUUCUUAGUCCUACAUUGUUACAGUAGUGAUUGUAAUUGUUGACUGUAAUCAAGUUCCUAAUAAAGCUGAGAAACUCAGGAAAUA